AUGUUAUCCCUUAUCACAUGCGUUAUCGUCUCGCUGUGUCUGUUCAAUGGAUUUGUGGAAGCUGGACCAUAUGGUAAUGGUUAUUAUAACAAUUAUCGAAACUACAAUUAUCCGAAUCGCAAUGGCUAUGCAACUUAUCAAAACAACUACUACCAAGGCUACCGUAGUCCGUACCAGUACCAGAGGCAAGGCUAUAAUAACAACUAUUACUACCAAAAUUCGUAUGCCCAACAACCGUAUUACACUCAAACCUACUCCAACGGCAUUAACUACGACUCCCAAGGAAACUCAUUUAUUGGCACUAAGGAAAACGGCAUAUACCUAUUCUGUAAUGGACAUGGAUGUCCUGGAAGAGGAUAA